CGCAUGUCAGUCACGGCCAGCCAGUAUAACACGCCGGUUGUAUAUUACCAAUUAUAAUUAAUUUGUUGUGAAGUGUACUGGAUUAAAUAAACAAGACGUAUCUUCUAAAAUGGCGCCCGAUGCAGAGAAAACUCAAGUGAGUUUCCCCAAGCUGAGGUACCCGCCGUUUCGUGACGAGGUGUCCAGGUCCCCUGACCUCUGGCUGAAGGGGAAGCGUAUGCACGAUGGGGCCGAGGGACUCUGGAGGGUGCACGACAAGCUAUACGACCUUACCGACUUCGUGAAAUCCCACCCGGGAGGGUCGCAGUGGUUGCUGGUGACGAGGGGGACGGACAUAACGGAGUCGUUCGAAACACACCACUUAAGAGGCAUCGCCGAAUCCUAUUUACCCAAGUACUUCGUGAGGGAAGCAAAAACACCUCGGAAUUACCCGUACACGUUUAAAGAGGACGGCUUUUAUAAAACUCUGAAAGGAAAGGUCGUCGCUAAAUUGAAAGAGAUACCGAAAGAUACCAGGAGUAAGAGCAACGCUAUAAUCGACUCUCUGUUUUUGUCUCUGAUCGUUUUGACUCCGUUGUCCUGCUGGCUCUGCACAAAGAGUUACUUCUAUGGCGCUGUGUCGACUGUCGGAGCGGCGUAUGUGCUCUGUAUGAUGACAGUCAGCGCCCACAACUAUUUCCACAGAGCUGACAACUGGCGAAUGUAUUUGUACAACUUCAGCGGAUUCUCUUACAGUGAAUGGAGAGUGAGCCAUGCCAUGUCUCAUCACCUCUACACCAACACAGCUCACGACCUGGAGUUGAGUAUGUUGGAGCCCUUCCUCCAGUACCUGCCGAAACCAGACAAACCGUUCUGGGCACAGCUAGCGGCUAUCUACUUCCCAGUCAUAUACCUCUUCGCUUCUUUGGGGUUAUUCGCAAAAUUACUCGUGGCAAGUAUCUUCAGAUUGGAUGGCAAAGAGUUUGCGUUGGACACCCUGAUACCUUUCACGCUGCCCGUUUGGAUGUGGCUAGCCAGCGGCAUAUAUUUUCCAUGGGCUGUAGUUAUAUGGCUAGCUAUGGUAUUGAUGAGCAGUUUGGCUUUCAUGGUCUUCGGUCUGACAGCUGGUCAUCAUGGACAUACGACUUUUUUCGAGGGUGAUAUACCCAGCAAUGAAGAACUCGACUGGGGUGUCCAUCAGAUCCACACGAUCGUGGACAACAUCGACCACAGCAGCAGCCACUUCAAGAGCCUCACCCGCUUCGGCAGCCAUUCCCUCCACCAUCUCUUUCCCACUUUAGAUCAUGGGGAACUCCAGUACCUCUACCCCAUGGUGAUAGAGCACUGCAAAAAGUUCGAGACGGAACUACGAAUGUCGACGUUCUUCAAAGCGUUGAUUAGCCAGAGCAAACAGCUGACGAGGAAACGACCGCACGAUUUUAGGCAGUAUUUUGCUAGUUUUAAGUAGACACAAAGACUUUGGUGAAGCUUUAAACGUUGUAUCAAUGAGGGUUUUCGAUAUUUUGCCAAUAGUGACAGACCAAACCAAAAGAGCUCCGUGGACACAGAGGGUGGUGGUUCUGAAAUUUGAUAAGAAUUUUUGACACUUUCCACCACAUAAGAUUCUGUAUCAAUCGGCAGGGCAAUUAUACUAUAUAUUUUGAUUUUUGAGAUAGCAAUGCAAGAGGCGUGACAUUUUAAAAUUUUUUCCUGCAUCAUUGCUGCCUUUUUAUGUCAAACAUGACAGAUGUCAUUGAAUUAAAAACCGUCAUUUAUACGACGCCAAUGGGCUACAGGUUAUUGUAUAGGCUACAGGGUACAAACGUGUAUGAAACCUUCAUUUGAGCUGAGGCUCCAAUUUUUAUAUGGAGGCCCCUAAUGUCUCGCUACGCCACUGUGGGAUAAGUGUAAGUCACGGUUCAAAGGGGUAAUUUUGUGUCUAAAAAAUAUUUAGCACAAUACAUGCACAAAUUAAAGCUUUAAAAUUAAUGAAAAUAAUUUUAAUUUUUGAAUAGGUUUUUGGACAUUUCGUCCAAAAGUGUUAUUUUUAAGGAACCUUACUACAACAUGGCUGUGGGUAUUUUGAUGUUAUAACGAUUUAUGUGUGUAAUAAAAUA